AUGUAUGAUAAAAAUAUAGAAAUUCGUUUAUGUAAACUAUCAAAAUCAUAUCCAGAUAUUGAAUCAAUUAUUUCCUUAAGAAAUAAUUUAAAAGAUAAUUCAGGAGUGAUAUUUGAUUAUGAUUUGUCGAGUGAUGAAGAACCAAUGAUACAAUCUCAUCAAGAAUCUAUUAAUUACAUGGCUGAAGAAAUAGAUAGUGAUGAGGAUUAA